GUUGGCGGGCGCCGCCAUCUUGGUCAGUGAGCUUGCGAGUGGCUGUACGACGAGGUGUACGUAUUUCGGUGAAACGAGUAUUUGGUGCGAUUUCCCUGAAACCUUUCGUCUACCCGUGAAAUCCACGAGCAUCCAAGAUGUCGGAACGGGAGGACAACGUUUACAAAGCGAAAUUGGCUGAGCAAGCGGAGCGCUAUGACGAAAUGGUCGAGGCGAUGAAGAAGGUCGCCUCGCUGGAUGUGGAGCUGACCGUCGAAGAGAGGAAUCUCCUUUCUGUCGCCUACAAAAAUGUAAUUGGCGCGAGGAGGGCAUCCUGGAGAAUAAUCUCUAGCAUUGAACAAAAAGAAGAAAAUAAGGGCGUCGAGAGGAAGCUGGAGAUGAUCCGCCAGUACCGAUCUCAGGUUGAAAAAGAACUGAAAGACAUCUGCGCAGAAAUCCUUGGUGUUUUGGACAAACAUCUGCUCCCGUGCGCGUCCUCCGGCGAGUCAAAAGUCUUUUAUUACAAGAUGAAGGGCGAUUAUCACCGCUACCUUGCUGAAUUCGCCGUCGGUAACGACAGGAAGGAAGCGGCAGAGAACUCUCUGGUCGCUUACAAAGCAGCGAGCGACACCGCCAUGACGGACCUGCCACCGACUCAUCCCAUCCGCUUAGGAUUGGCACUCAACUUCUCCGUGUUCUAUUAUGAGAUCCUCAAUAGCCCAGACAGAGCAUGCCGUCUCGCGAAGGCGGCCUUUGAUGACGCGAUCGCGGAACUAGACACCUUGUCCGAAGAGAGUUACAAAGAUUCUACCCUCAUCAUGCAGCUUCUCAGGGACAAUCUUACUCUGUGGACGUCGGAUAUGCAAGGAGACGGAGAGGGCGAACAGAAGGAGCAGUUGCAAGAUGCGGAAGAUCAGGAUGUAUCGUAACUCUAACUGUAGUGAGUGUUAUCUUGCGCAUAUAAAACUGAAAAAAAACACAAGAAAGCAAAAAACUCUUAAUAACUUGUAAGCAAAAGAAAACAAUUCAGCAGGUGGCAGUUCGGGGUGGGAAGGGGAGAUCUUUAGCGAUUGCGUGACCCUAAGCACGCACGUACGGUUACUCCAAAAAAAAGAAAAAAAAAACACACACACAAACAAAAAUGAAAAAAUAUCAUUCGGAAUAACACAUUGAAUUACGGAGCGCGCAGAAAAGUAUAACAAAGUAAAAGGACAUGCACUCUGCGGUAAAUAGAGAGACUGCAAGAGCAUUUAGCGAGGCACUAUUCUUUGCCUUCUUUGCGUAUCGAGAAGAAAAAAUGCUGUCUUUUUUAGUGGACGAUGUCGAGAACGUUGAGUUGACACCGACUGAUGGAGCGCAUAUAUAUUUACCCAUAUUAAUUAAAAAAAAAGAACACGAAAUGAAAGGAAAGAGGAAUUGCGCUAAUACAGUCGGUAUAAACUCUCAUUUUUGUUGGUUUCAGUGAGUGAGAACGAAUAGCAUUAUCCCCCACCCCCUCAUAACGUUUCACCAAUAAUGAAACAUGUUAAUGGCUCGACGUCGAUCGAAGUGCAUAUUGUGUUCGUUUGUUUUCACCCACCCCAAUCUCCUCCUCCUCGUCCUCUUCCCCGCUUUUUUACUGCGCGCAUCAUUACUCUCGCAUACUAUGAUAAAUAACGAUAUUAUUAAUGUAUGCGUGUAAAUCGAGUGUAAAUCAUCUGUUUAUCUAAGGGAUAAACGCGUCUCCUUCAGAGCUGGAGUUACGUGGUUGAUCGAUGGCUGUUAAAUAGCCAAGAUUGAACCACGCACCUUCAUCUCUGUUUUCUGUAUAAGAUAUUAUGAAUGUACUUCCGACGAAGUGUCCCGGGUUUGCAAAGCAAGUAAUUUCAUACACCAUAUAGAUCACGAUCAUGGGUUCUCUCGUGUAGUCAUUUGUAAACAAUUCCAGAACACGUGCUUACCGCGAAAGCGUCGUACUUAAAAAAUGCAAUAACAUCGAUCUGUCUUAAGUCUGGCUUUCGCAGUAUUAAAUUUUAUGUUAAAUCGAAAAAAUGAUUCUUUUAAUUGUGAUUGAAAAGAAACAUACACUGUUCUCGACGUGAUAGAUGUUCUUUUAUAUAUCAAUCAGUCGUGUUCCUCGGUAACAAAAGAACAUCAUGAUUGUCGAGGGUAGGGUGAGAAAAAUUACGAUAAAUCAGCAUUUUUAAAAGGAAAAAGAUUAAAAAAAAAGAAAAGAAAAGAGAAAUUACAUUUCACAGACAGGAAAUAACAGGAAAUAUGUAGCUAUCUAGCUAGUCUGUAAUUGUGGUUGUACUUUUUCAUACGCCCCCUGUGUAAACUAUAACGAUCGCUGUGGUAUAACGAAUUACAGAAUAAACGAUUGUAUCCCGAUUCUUUCUUCACCCGCGCUCACUUUUCGCUAUUAUCACUGUCCUCGAUUCCACUGUAUCUUAGUUGAUCUUAGCCGUGCGUUCAUUCACCUUUUUAUCGAUGAACCAUUCCGUCGAUUUCCGCUUACUAGAAAAACGGAAAACAUUCCAAUGAAAAUGAUAGAUAUCUUCGUUCAUUACUCUUUACGUGAAAUUUCUUUGCGCAUCUUAACUGAGGUAAGCUUAGCGAUAAAUUAUAGAAUUAUUCGUUUGUCAAAGUAAAUAGUGUCGGUCGAAAAUUUGUUAUCGGUAUUGUAAAAGAAUCCUCAAGUACAAUGUUUCUAUAUCAAAGAAUACCAAUGUCUGUGUAAUUACAAAUACAAGGAAGCUAUGUACGAGGUUGCGUAGCGGAUAUCUCGGACGAAAGAAUAAGUUUCUGACCGUCACUGUGUUACGCAUAGGAAGAAAAAAGCCGAAUCCGUGCAGUUUUCUCUCGCGAUCAUAAAAUGUCGAAGAUGUUCCGUAAACCGUGUAAGCGUGCAGCAAAAAAGCGAGGUGUAUACCUGACAGAAAAACAAAAAAAAAAAAA